AUAAAACGAAGAAGAAGACUUCCGGUCGGUGGGAAGGGAAGGGUUGCAACCCAGAUUACGGUCCAUACAGUGAAUGUUUUUACUAGGGUCAUUAUUUAAAUACAGACGUAAAGACUUAAUCCACGCGAGCCUGUUUUCUUUUUUUAAAUAGCGUACAACGUCUAAAUGAGCGAACGUUAGGAGGCAGGAAAGCUUUCAGAAAUGGCUGCCGAUGAAAUUGACUACAAUAUUGUGUUUCCAGAUGCGGGCACGUCAGAGAGACACUGGCAGGGGACAAAGGAGCCGGUUGUGAUCCUGCUGGGCUGGGCUGGCUGCAAGGACAAGCACCUCUCCAAGUACAGCUCCAUCUACAACGACAAGGGCUGCGUCACCAUCCGCUACACCGCCCCUCUGAAGACCGUCUUCAUCUCCGAGACGUUUGGCUACAAGGAGCUGAGCGGCACUGCCCUCAAGCUGCUGGAGAUCCUGUACGACUACGAGGUGGAGAACAGCCCCGUCUUCUUCCACGUCUUCAGCAACGGCGGCUUCAUGCUCUACCGCUACGUCGCCGAGUUGCUGCACAGCGACAAGCAGUUCAGCUCGCUGCGCGUGGUCGGGGCGGUGGUGGACAGCGCGCCGGGCAGCGGCAACGUCCGCGGCGCCCUCCGCGCCCUCACCGCCACCCUGGGGCCCAGAAUAAGCCCCCUGUUGAAGUACGUCCUUCUGACGCUUUUUGCGGUGAGCGUUUUCCUCCUGCGCAUCGUGCUGUACCCGGUGACCAGGUUCAUCCACAAAAACCACUACGACGCCGUGGGAGACCGGCCGCCCGCCUGGCCUCACCUGCUGCUGUACUCCACGGCGGACCAGGUGAUCCGCCACAGGGACAUUGAGCUUUUUAUGGAGACGCUGACACAGAAGGGCGUCGCCGUGCACAGCUGGGAUUUUGCCUCCAGUGCCCACGUCUGCCAUUUCCGGGAUUUUCCCGAGCAGUACACACGCAGGUGUCGUGACUUCCUGGCGGAAUGCAUGAAGGACUCGGAGGGGCCUGAAGUGCAAAAGAGACAUCGUGUUCAGAGUCAGUGAAAGGCAGUACUGCGCAGUCUUCUUAAGAGUUUGAAGCUAAAUGAAGAUAAUAUGACUACUGAGCCUUUCGUAAGCUGCAGUGGUUUGUGAAACCAAGGGAAUUGUAACACUUCCUCCGAUCGUCUGCUAAAUUUCCAUUUUAAAUCCCGGUGCACUGAAAGAGGAGGAUCCACUUGUGUCCACUCUGAAUUUAACAGCUCAGCAGUUGAAAAGAGCGCCUAUGACAUUCCCACUGUAGGAUAACCUCAGAAACACCGUGGUUUCACAGUGUUUGCACAAAAACUUUUUACCGCUGCUAAAACAACAUGUCGGUUAUUCCACUUACAACAAAGUCAUGUCUGACAUUGACGGUGAAAUUAGAGCAUCAUAGUAAAUACAUUCAAAUGAAAAGUCUGCCUCUGAGAGUAGGGACUGGCAUAACGGGCUUCAGAUUAAUAGGAAUGUUUAGUGGGAUAUGUUGGGACAGCAAAACCUCAGGCUGAGAAUGAAUCCCUGUAUUUGCCCGUAGACCUGUUGCACACAGUAAACAUAAUAUGAUUGCAUUAUCAUUCAGGCUAGUUUAAUUAGAGUAAGUGGGCUUACCACCACAUGGGGAUGAUCUUAACCAGCAAAGUGUUGGAGUUGGCAAAGAUCUUCAGUGCCGGUAAUUGUAAACAUGAAGAAUCUUUUCCCCAAUGUGUAUUUUUUUUUUUAGUUUUUGCUCAUCACGAUAAACGAUGCGGUAACCGUCUCCUGCUAGCGCAGAGGGAUUCAUUUGAGGCAUGUGUUUCAGUUGAUGAAGAUGAAUGUGACUUAGCUAAUUAAAACCCACGGCUAUGAGAAGGCGACCCGUUGAGCAAAAACCCAGUCCCUUUUCUCCUUCAGCCCAGGUAAAGUCUCUGGUUCAGUAGUGGCAGCUGUAGCCGUCUGCUGGAGGCGUCUGGAUCCGGUGGCUGGUGAAGCUCUGACUAGCUCCUCGCCUUGUGAUUCUUCCACAAACCUUUGAAUGCGCAUUGCUUCAGUUAUCCUCAUUUCUUCUGCACCUUUUUUUUUUUCUCACACGUUUUCCUUCCACUCAUCUUUUUAUCACCACGUACGACACCGUGUGAACGGGCAGCUUCCAUGAACUUGCUAUGGCUCACCCUGCCUGUGGAUGGUGUUGGUGACUUUCAGCCGGACCGCCGUCAAGUCAGCAGCCACGAAUUACAUUUCUGUAAUGUUUUUGUCGGUCUUAUGAAAUGUUCAAAUGUCUUGAGAAACUGAAGUUUGGGUUUUCAAAGCCGUACGCCAGUAUAUUGUGAAGAUCAGAAAUACAUGCGUGAAGAAUAUCCCUCUGUGUGUAAUGAAUCUAUGUAAUGAAUGAGAGACUCACGUUUGAUAAAGAAUGACUGAAAUGAACUUUCCAGUGAUAAUCACAUUUAUUUAGACAUGUGUAGUUAUUCAGAACUGGACAGGCAGGUUGCAGCAAUGAACACCCACUAAAUUUGACACCACUUUUUUUUUUUUUUUAAAGAUCUGGUAUUAGUGAGCCGUUUUAUUCAGGUAUCCGGCCUGUAAUCAGCUGCUCAACACUUGUUUGAUUGUAGCUGGUUAUUAAGAGCGACUGCUGGUUCUGCGUUAGCUGCCACUAAACGUUUCCUUAUAACCAGAAACAUCCAAACAGCCAAAUUUGUCUUCCUUGUCGCCUUCUUCCAGCCAGCGGGCCAGCAAAGUUUUUUUUUUUUUUUUACGACAUAAACACUCUUCAGAUUAGCUGUCACAAGCAGUUGAGAUACACUGGAAAAUCGUACUGUAACUCUUAGGCUAAUUUAGUGCUGUGAAAUGUGAUGCAUCGUACAUUAGUAGUGGACAGUCUGAAACAAAUCUGACGGUCUAUCGUGUUUUGUCUAUUUAUGAAAUGUUAUUUAUGAUUUUGUUUGUUUUUAACUAAAAUAAGGGUGCUUUUUAAAAAAAGGUAACUCACAUAUUAAAGUGUUUCAUGUGAUCUUGUCCUUAGGGGAAGGUAUUAACGUCGCUGCCUUACUGAAGAAAUCGUGUCCACGUCAGAUUAAGCCGCCCUAAUGCGUCUUACAAACAAACUUAGUCCGAGGACGACCGCUCAGUGACGAGGAAUGUAUGUGUGAAACACAACUUAUGUUCACUUCUAAACUGAUGUGCCUUCAAUAAACCAGAAUGCUCACAGUAAA